AUGAGCAAUCCAAUGGCUCUGCCCUACCUGCGUCUCAGCUCGACCGCUACCCGCCCGGCUUCACCCCCAGGACAGCUUAGUCAUACCAUUGACGCUAUCUUGGGGAUUCGGCGGGACUCUGAACUUUCCAGCCCGGAGCUUUCCCCGGACAGCGGGACAUCUCCGGACGGUAUGUCUUCAGACUCCGACAUCGAUAUCAAAGGCUUGUCGCAAAGCGAAGAAGACAACCAUAAAUUCACAGACAGCAUGAGACACCAGUCCCCAGAGAAAGAUAUGAAAGGCGAUUCUAUGCACGCUACAUACGAGGACGAGCCUUUGGAGGAUGAAUCAAACUCUGCCAAGAAGAAGCAUCGGCGGAACAGGACUACUUUCACCACCUUCCAAUUGCACGAGCUGGAGCGCGCCUUUGAGAAAUCUCACUACCCCGAUGUGUACAGCCGCGAGGAACUAGCUAUGAAGGUCAAUCUCCCCGAAGUCCGAGUACAGGUAUGGUUCCAGAACCGACGGGCAAAAUGGCGUCGACAGGAGAAGUUAGAAAGCAGCAGUAUCAAAGUGAAUGAGACGUAUCCAAUGGCGUCACUGUCUAGUCGGAAGAUGUCCAGCCUUGGCAACACGCUCCCAUUGGAUCCGUGGAUGUCCCCGCCCCUUAUCGGCUCCACCAAUAACAUCCCAACGCUGUCUCCAGUUCUCUCACUGCAAACGUCAUCUGGGCCUUUCCCAACACUUCUGACGUCACUUCCCUUUACUUCUAGUUCAUCAACCCCAUUUUCGCCGCUUAGCCCAGCGUUGACGUCUCUUGGUAGUGUUUUUGGAGUUGUGUCUUCGGGGAAAAGGAACAUUUCUGAUCCGAAAAGUACCAGCAUUGUUUCAUUGAGAAUGAAAGCACGAGAACACAUGGAAACGAUAGAUCGGCAGUUUCCUUGA